AUGAGAAGCGGCGAAUAUCAGGCAACAGGGUCUGGUGACCCCAGAGAUAAGACGACCCAGCUCUUCCCUGUCAUGAACUCCACAUACAUCGACCCCACGAUGUCCAACACCAUCUGCACUGUCACCGCGACAGCCUGGGGAAACACUCAAGCGAUGACCAUCAUCACCUUCUUUGCCGUCCUCCUCGUCUCGAGUGUCGCUCAAGCUGCACUUGAAGGCCCUUGCUUCAUUCCUGGAGUCGGUUCCGGUGCCUGCCUCUACACGCAGACCUGCCUUGAUGGUGGAGGAGGGUCGUUCCCCGGGUUCUGCCCCGACGAUCCGGUAGACGUUCGAUGCUGUUUCAAGAGGUGCCCUACAAGCACUGGAGUGGGACGGUGCCUCCCGACUAGUGUCUGUUUUACCAACCUCUCAGGCUUUUGUCCUGGCUCUGCCGCGAAGAAGUGA